UUCUUUUUCCUUCUUCCUUUCUUUCUUUCUCUUUCGCUCUCCCUUUCUCUCUUCGUUCACUUCACUGACCGGUGUCUUCCUCGUCCCUCCUCCUUCGCGGCCGCUUCUCACGCGUGCUUCUCACUUCACUGUCACGAGUCGCCCGAGGGUCAGGAUCGCGCAACCCAGUCGCCGUCGAUGCCCGUCGCCCAGCUCGCGAAUCAGCACCCCGCUGUCAGCUUCUCGCGAGGUGAACCCGUGGGCGCCCCGUCGCCGUGUCCAGAACUGAGUAUCGCCGAGGUGUCGUCGGUCCCCCGUGCCGACGUCCGACUGACUGACUGGGCGUAGUAGCGCGUUCGGUUCGUUCGGUCGCGUCCGUGUGUGCGCCGCCGCCGUCUACAUCGUGCGACGCAUGGGUCCCCCCGGUUUCGUUCCGCCUCCUCGAAUUGUCCUUUCUUCGUCCCUCUCUCUCCCCCCUUCUCUCUCUCUCUCUCUCCGUCUCUCUCACGUGGCACCCUUGCCGCACGUAACAAAAACCACGGUGACAGCAGCCACCCUCGCGCGUCCGCGUGUGUCCGACACAACGCAGCGUGAGAGACGUGCGUACGUGUUAUGUAUGUAUUUAUAUAAUAUGUAUAUGUAUAUAUAAAUAUAUAUAUAUGUAUGUGUGUAUGUGUACGAGAUGUGUGGAUGCGCGUGUAUGUGCGCACACGGAGCGCAACGCAGGCAGGUGAACGCGGCUCGAUCGUCGCACACUGACAGCCGAGCUGCGACUGAGAACCGAGUUCCUGGGGGACCCUCGACAGACUCCCCUCCCGACGAAAACGGGCGUUCGCCGGUACUCACGCGUGGUCGAUCGCGGAGCAGGCUAAUGCCGGGUUUACACGCUCCGAAAACAGCGGGUGUGAAAUGUCCAAUUUUUACGGCGCAUUUUAUGCAUUCGAAGUACUCACCGAUAUUUGGAAGAGGAAAGAAGGAGAGGAGAAAAACUCACGAGAUACUGCAUCUCGCACCACUGUUCGCUCGGCGCUGUUGUCCAUCGCCGCAGGCACGUGAAGACACAGAUCAGACGCCGACGUGCGAGGUGUAUCGCGUGUUGUAA